UUUAAAGGAAUUGAAUGAUGAAAAAAGUUGUUGACAGAUUUCAAUCUGACAAUAAACCAUAUUAUAAAUGCGGCAUGCGUAAAUCCGCUUAUUUUUGUAUAUAAAAAUACCUAGUUACCUAAUUCUAAAUUAAAUAGGUUGUUAAAGAUUAUAAAGCGAUUACCUACCUCAUGGCGAUAUAAUAAACAUUAAAUUCAAUUUAAGUUCGUUGUAUCUCCUAAUCAUUUAUUAUUAUUUAUAUAUCUACAAAAUCCUAGGUACUAACUAAUAUUACCUAUCUACCUACUUUAUUGUGAUAGCAAAUCGUUUCUAGGGGAAGGGAAACUGUUAGAUCGAUACGCAUCCAUGUACGAAUCAUUAAUUAAAAUAGUCGGAAUAAAUAUUUUUUUACAAAAAUGGCAAGUCCGAAUUCCGAAACUGAUCUAACUUCCAUGUUCAUACAAAGAGGUGACAGCAAAAGGGUCAACAGUCCGACGACAACAUUCGAAUCUGCAUCCAGGAGAAGUUCUCUCGUGAAACCGACUCUACCCGCCGAGGUGAUCACCGUAAAAGAUUUCUUCGACUUCAUGAAAACCGCCUACCAAGUGUACGAGCACUUGGAAGGCCAGGAAGACGAGGGAUCCAAGAUAGACUGGGAGGAGUUGACGAAGCUGACCGUGCUGAACCACGUGAUCGAGCAGCAGGAGCGCGAGCUGCUGCAGCAGGCGGCGCUGGGCGCGCGCGCCGCGCUGUGCAGCAAGAGCGACGCGGCGCUGGAGCGGCGCGGCGGCGAGCGGCGCGCCGGCGAGCGGUACAGCUGCAGCGACAUCGAGGUUGUUGGACGCUCGCUGCCCCCGGAGGCGCGCGUGGAGAUGCUCGGCGUGUGGACGGAGGCCAACCUCAACUGCAAGCUCAACGACGUAAUAAACGAAGGGAUACUAGAUUCCAUCCUCCCCUACCUAGUGGGCUACAAGAAGCCGACCAAAACGACGAGUGUGUACGCGCCCAUCAUCAAGAAGACGCCGUCCAGCUCCUCCGCCGACGUCAAGAAACCCGCCAGCUUCGGAGGGUUCGUCAAUGAAAAAGAAUCAAAAGAUCGUCUCGGCAGACGCAAGUCGUCGGUCGCGGCCGGCCAGGAGCGCGCCAACCAGAAACAAGACGGGGACGUAGAGAUCCACGUGUGUGACGAGGUGAAGGGGCUGAAGAAGGAGUUCCGCUGCGCGCAGAAGCUGCUGGUGUCCAAGAUGGGCUACUUCGCGGACGUGACGGCCGGCCAGCGCCUCGAGGACAUGGACAUCUCCGUGCACUGCGACAUACAGAUCUUCGAGUGGCUGAUGCGCUGGGUGAAGCGCGACAGCAUCCUGGUGGCGGACUGGCCGCUGCUGGACGCGCACAACGUCGUGCCCAUCCUCGUCUCCGCCUCCUUCCUGCAGAUGGAGCCGCUGUUGCACGACUGCCUGAGCUACUGCCACGCGCACAUGAACGAUAUCGUCAACACUUCCACUAACCUGGCCUGUUUGAGCGACGCUUUGUUGACCAGACUGGCAGCGAUGUACACCAACGCGGAGCUCGAGGCGAUCCGCGACCGCAAGGACAAGAUCCAGUCCCGGCUCUACUGCAAGAUGAUCCUGUCGCUCGCCGAGCCCGUGCCCGAGACCCUGCGCGGCCACCACGCCACGCUCGCCACGCUCUUCAAGUGCAGCAAAUGCAACAAGCUCCUCGGGCGGCACAUCGCGGAGCAGGUGCCGUGCCAGCCCGCCAGCAUGCGCAUCGACCGGCGCGGCAACGUCGUCUCCUCGCACACCAGGGAUGCAUCGUGGAGCCUGAACGAGUACAUCGCGUGGCUGUACGGCGAGCAGCGCUCGUGGCGGCGCGUGUACUGGCGCCUGUGGGCCGACUGCCACUUCCUGCGCUGCCAGCUAUGCGACUCCUUCUUCCCGGCCUACCAGAUGGAGUGGUGUUCGCACCACGAGCAGGGCCCGCACAUGUUCGCGCGCGAGGGCCGCGCGCCGCUCGCCGCCGGCCGCCACGCCUGCUGCGGCGAGCGCGCCUACCGCUUCGAGACCCUCACCAGGAACACGGGUUGCCAGUUCCGCGAGCACCUGCCGGACGAGCGGCUGGCGGGCGACGCGGCCGUGCUGGCGCUGUACGGCAGCUUCCGCGACGUCAUCGCCAUGCGCCCGCCGCAGCUCAUGCUCCCCGAGCGGCUCACCAAGCUCGUGCCCAGAGAGUCGGGCGACGAGUCGGGCGGCCGGCUGCAGUGCAAGGAGGUGUUCUGGUGGGAGGGCAUCCUGCUGGCGCCGCCGCGGCCGCCGCUCGGCCUGCUCGGGAAGCUCUACACCAGCAAUAACAAGUUCAACCCGAACGCGCGGCCUGGCUCACCUGUAUUGGGUACGACUCGCACGUCCGCGCAGUCGCUGGCCGGCAACGGCCCGAGUGGCGUUUGUGCGUCCCCCGAGACGCGCGAGGGCAGGCCGAAGCCGGCCAAAGAAGAGUCUCCGAAAAAUAAGCAAGGUGCCGGCGGCGCGGAGGGCGGCGAGGGCGGCGAGGGCGCGGGCAGCGAGGCGCCCUCCGACUCCGAGCGCAGUGACCAGAGCUCCGACAGCGGCGCCAGCGACGAGGACGCGCCGCGCCCGUCGCGCGCGCGCGCCCGCCCGCCGCCGCCGCCCGCCAGGACCAUGGCGCGGCGCGGCGGGCGCGUGUCGGGGCGCGUGUGGCUGAGCACGCAGUCGGCGCGCAGCAACCAGGACGGGCAGCGGCGCUUCGAGGAGCGCGCCGCCACGCACAUGCGCGCCGCGCUUGCUCGCCGCCACCACCACGCGUCCAAGACGCGCGCGAAUCCCGGCGGCGUGUUCGUGCGGCUGGAGGCGGAGUGGCGCGAGCGGCACGGCGCGGGCGCGGGCGGCGCGGCGCGGCGCGGCGUCGGCGCCGCGCGUCGCAACGCGCCGCUCAAGUACAAGUGAACCCACGCAAUACACCCACUGUGCUACUUACCAUACCUGAGUUUUCAUUCAAUCUUUCCCUACGGUUUAUUUAUUUGUUUAAACGACA